AUGGCCACUGCUGAGACUGAGACUCCGGGGCUGCCGGACUAUGUCCUCGACGCCGACGCUGUGCUGAAGGAUAUCGAUGUCAACUGGCGCCAUGGCCGAGCCCCCGAUUACAGCAAGACGCGCAAGAUCUGGUCUGAGACCAAGCGAAGCUCCCAUCAAGCGGGCUCCCUCCCGGACCUGGUCGAGAAGCUCGUCAAGAACUGGGAGAUCGAGGCCAGCUACAAGGUGUCGCUCGACGAUUGGCGCACCAUCGACCGGUCGACCUACACCUUCUCGGUCAACGGCGGCGCCCCGCAGUCGGCCGAGCACAUGCUGCAGGUCGGCACGUACAACGCCAUCAUCGAGCCCAACGAGUACUAUUGUCCCGUGCGGUCGACCUUUGACGCGUCACAUAAGACCUUCAAGCGCAUGAUGCCCACGUUCGCCUGGGAGGUGCUCGAGGUGUACGCCGGCCCGCCCAAGGUCGCGUUCCGCUGGCGGCAUUGGGGAACUAUGAAGGAGGAUUAUACGGGGACUAACAACAAGGGCGAAAAGGUCACGAUCAAGGCGCAUGGAGGACCAAUCGAUAUUGAGGGCAUCGCGGUGGCUGAGGUCAAUGACAAGCUGCAGCUGCAAAAGGUUGAGGUGUUUUUCGAUCCCAUGAGCAUGUUCAGGCAGAUGGCACCGGACGGGGAGACGGGUGUGACCAAGGUGAAGGUUGAUGGAUAA